UGUAACUUUCUGUGAUGACAGAAAUUCCGUAACGUCUUCAUCGAUAUUUUCUUCGAUUGCAAAUCUCGUCACGUGUGAAGACAGUAUAUUUUAAUCAAUGAGAUGGGAUUUACCGGCACGAAGGACGUGUCGUGGGACCGUACGUCGGUCUCAGCUGGAAAAUCAGCCUCCUGAACCUGCUCGGACACUAUAACGCGUUUUUUUUUUCUUCUUUUUUUUUCUUUUUUUUUUCUUCUUAAUUAACCAUGGAGUCUGUCGGGAAGUUUGUGUUCAACAGGAAAGACCUGAUUGGCCACGGCGCCUUUGCGGUUGUGUUCAAAGGAAGACAUAAAGAGAGACGUGACUGGGAGGUUGCUGUGAAGUGCAUCAACAAGAAAAACUUGGCCAAAUCACAGUCUCUGCUUGGUAAAGAAAUCAAAAUAUUAAAGGAACUUAAACAUGAAAAUAUUGUUAGACUCCUUGACUAUCAGGAAAUGGGAGGUUGUGUGUAUCUCGUCAUGGAGUACUGCAAUGGAGGUGACCUGGCAGAGUACCUUCACUCGAAGGGCACGUUAAGUGAGGACACCAUCCGUGUAUUCCUACAGCAGAUUGCUCAGGCCAUGAAGGUCCUGCAGAGCAAAGGCAUCCUCCACAGAGACCUCAAACCCCAGAACAUCUUGCUCUGCCAUCCAGAGGGGCGCAAGUCCAGUUCUGUCAAAACCUGCAUUAAGAUAGCUGACUUUGGGUUUGCACGUCAUCUCCAGACAAACACUAUGGCAGCCACGUUGUGCGGCUCUCCUAUGUACAUGGCUCCUGAGGUCAUCAUGUCCCAGAACUAUGAUGCCAAGGCUGAUCUGUGGAGCAUAGGCACUAUUGUAUAUCAAUGUCUGACUGGAAAGGCACCAUUUCACGCCAGCACACCACAGGAGCUCCGUCUUUUUUAUGAAAGCAACAGGACCCUGUUACCCAGCAUCCCAAAGGAGACUUCUAGUAACCUAAGACACCUACUGUUGGGGCUGCUGCAGAGAAACCACAAAGAACGGAUCAGCUUUGAUGAGUUUUUCCACCAUCCUUUCCUGGAGACGAGCUCAUCCACAAAGAAAUGCCCUCCAGCUCCCAUGCUCUCCUACCCCAGUUCAGGCUCGGGCAGUUCUUCUAGCAGCUCCUCCACAUCCAAUCUGGCCUCACCUCAACAUUCCGACGGAGAGAUGCAGCGACUCCAGCCCAAAGCGAGGUACUCCCCUACACAAAACACUGCCGGCUUCCUGUUGAAAGAAAUAGCCAAUCAAGACAGUAGGAACACCUCAUCUUACACAGAGGACUACGUCAUGGUGCCUGCCCAGUUUCCCAGUGAGUACACAUGUGAAGUGGAUGUUGGGUCACCAAUUGAAAGUUGUCUUAUAUACAGUGGGAGCUCACUAGUAGCUGAGAGAGGUCCCAGGCCUGCAGGAAAGACACCUCCACCCUCUCCCCUGCUACACUCUCCCUCCAAGCCUAUUAGCAAGCCUGUUGAAUUUGUUGGCCGUAACUGCAGCCCCUCUGUGCCCAUUCCUGUCCCAACACAGAUCCAAAACUACCAGCGCAUGGAACAGAAACUGCAACCUGUCAGCUUGGAUGGCUCUACCAGGGUCACACUGUGCUCUGCAGGCAGCAGUACUGAAAGCUCCCCACAAUGUGGAGGCUGUAGGGCUCCAGGUCCCGGAUUUGUCUUCAACUCCCCAAGGCUGGGAACUGGAGGAGCCCAGCUGCAACAGUGCUCCCCAAUGGUGGGAACUACCCCAAAGACCUCAGAGCAGACUUUCCCUCUCAGCACAAGAACUGGACUGCUCACUGGCUCUCCUGACUUACAGAACACCUCCAGCCCUAAGCAUGUUCUGUCAAGACUGCCAAACCGAACAGGGACGGUCCCAGACCUGCAAUCCCUUGACCCAUCUCCUGUUUCCCAGACCAAUCCCAGCAGGAAAUCUGCUAGUAAAAAGGGUCCUUUUAACAGGUCACUGAGCACAGGCAGGCUGUCUGACAUGCUACUAAAGGCGGCCUUUGGAGCUCACCUUUUCGAAGAGGGAAGUGAUGAGAGCCUCAGCUGUGAGAAGGGCAUGGAUAUAACAGUUCCUACAGCUCCACCUACUGGUUGUUAUAGAGGCUUUCAGUACUCAGACAGCCCACCCCCUGCAGUCUUCACCAUGGGUUCUCCAUCCAAAGGAAACACUCCGCCUGAUACCAUGGUACCAAGGAUGUUCUCAGGCUCCCCCAGCUACAUUAACUCAGCGUGGCUACUUAACAAUCGCCUUCUCCAGAGAGGAAGCCGCAGAAACAGUGAGACUGAAGCCAUGGACGCUACUCCACACGGUAGUCUGGUCUUUCACCCUCCAGAGCUCGCUGAAGAUACACUGAUGGAGCCGGCUCAUACAGAUGCCCUGAGUGACCUGCGUUUCACCUUAGCUUUCGUCCACUGUGUCAUGGAAUUGGCUUCUUCUAAGGAGCCGGGGCUGGAUGCCAUGAGCAGUCCUGAUGUUUCCUUUCUAGAGCAGAGCUUGGUGACAGAUCAGAUUAGCCUUCUGAGUAAAGAAUGGAGCUAUGCAGAGCAGUUAGUGUUGUACAUGAAGGCUGAAGAGUUCCUGUCAUCAGCACUGCACACUGCUAAAGAGAAUAUCAAACAUGGCCGACUCCUUACCUCUGCUACAGUCAAACAAGUCAUCCGGAAGCUGAAUGAAUUGUACAAGAACUGUGUAACAUACUGUCGCUCCCUCAACGAUCAACUCCAGACCUUCUUGCUUGACAAACAGAAGCUUAUGGACCGCUUCAACGGACUAACAGCAGAGAAGCUCAUCUACAGCCACACUGUGCACAUGGUACAGUCUGCUGCUUUAGACGAGAUGUUCCACUAUGGCACAGCAUCAGUCCAGCGCUAUCAUAGAGCCCUUCUGCUGAUGGAGGGUCUAUCCCGAAUCAUCACAGAGCAAAAGGCCAUUGACAGCAUUGAUAAAUGUAAGCAGUGUAUUGAGCGACGCCUUUCUGCUCUGCAGACUUAACAGUAUCCAUGAGCUCUACCACUGCACUCACAGCCACUGGGUUAUCUUGCCUCAUCCAUCUCCCCUCAAUGUAGAUGGAUCCUCCUGGACUGUCAGUACACUCAAGCACUUUGAUCUUUCUUAAGGAAAAUGACCACUGGAGCAUGUGCUCUUAUCCCACUACCCAGUCUGUAAUCUUUACAUAAAUGCACAGAAAAGACUGGAAGUCCUGUUUUGUACAUGCUUUUUGAAGAAAGAUUCUGUUAUGAUUGUUUGAAGACUUGGAUAAGGCACUUUUUUCUUUUUCCACUUUUGUUUUGUUUUGUUACAUACUUUAUAUGUUAGUGUGUUGUUUUGUGUUUUGCACAUAGAAUUAUCAGAUGAAAUAAUAACUGAUUUUUAAAUGUGAUGUACUUGAAACAAAGAUUAUUUAGUUAUUUUCUGAAUUUGAAGCAUUUGUGUUAUGUGUACAGUAAAAGUUCACCGGCCAAAAGGAGUCACAAUAUUCUGGAUGAGAUGACCAAAUAUUGCCAGUGUGUAGCAAUACUAGUAAAACUGUGCCUGCUUUUUUUUGUACAUUUUUCAUCACAGCAUAGUAGUGGCUGUAAAGGUAAUGAAAGUAUGUUUUGACCUCAUAAAGAAUAAUUGUCUUACAGUCAUAUAGAGUUGCAUAAUAGACUGCAAUAAGUACAUGUUUUACAUAACAAUGAGAUUUUAGUUUUACAACUGAUUCAACAAGCCCUCCCUGAGGUGGUGAUGUACUCAGUCAUGAGGUACUUAAGAACAUUAACUGCAUGCCACAUUUUUAUCUGCUGUUUGUGUGUAUGUGUGCACAUUAGUUUUAUUUUUCAGCUAUGCUAAUUUUGGCUUUAGAGGUGUAAGUUUGGAUUGAUGUAAAAAGUUAAUUUUUUCAUUUUUGAAUGAAUUUGUACAUGGUUUUUGCCUGAUAUUACAGUAGUUUAUUACAAUUAGAUACUGAGCAUUUUGUGAAAAUGUUAGUGUUUAAACAGAAGUUUGUAAGAAUUUCUGAGAUUGCCUUUUCUACUUUUAUUUUAUGACUGCCAGUCAAAUUUGCCAAAAUAAGUUGUUAUAC